AUGUUUAGAUUUCUUGGGAGUUGUGGAGGUCUUCACUGCUGUGGUUUACGACCAAAUAUUUAUAGUGGCAUUGGUAUUAAAUGUGUUAAAUAUUUUUCUUCAAACAAUAUUGUAACAAAUCAAGCUCGGUAUAAUGCGCUUAAUAUUCAGAUGCUGUCGAAGUCACUUCACGAACAAAUUUUCGGUCACCAUAUUAGUGAUGCUGACAACGAACAAAUCGAUAACAGCAUUGAACACUUAACUAAGCACAAUCUCUAUGGACGACCCAUAAGCAUGAUACCUGAUGUUGAUUUUAAAUUACCACCACUGCGAGGCUCAAAUAUUGAAGAACAUUUUAAAGUUAUUGCUGAAGAACAAACCAGAAGUUAUUUUGAAAUGGCUGAAAGACUUUCACGUGUCAGUUUACCAUCUCGGCCAAAGGAAUGGAGUUUUGAACCUGGGUGGACAAAGUAUGAUGGUGAUUUGAUGGUUGGUAUGCCAGUUGAGUGCCCGGAUGGUGAUGUGAUGGUGUUUGAUGUUGAGGUCUGCGUGAAUGAAGGACAGUUUCCUACCAUGGCAGUUCUUGCAACACCUGAAAAUUGGUAUGUUUCACCCAGUACGUGCUGCUCACUUGACAAGUAAAAUUGUCUGGGGUUAGACAGAGUAAAAUAAUAAAGUAUUUUACUCUGUCUAAUAGCAGAUUAUUUUACUACUGGUCAAGGAAAGAGCCUUAAUUGAAAAUCUGGAUAUCAUAUCUGUUCGGAAAGUAGAUAAUCUUGUUAUCCUGAUAUUACAGUGUAGAUAUAUACUGGCCUGGCCUAUAUAGUAUCCAGGAAAAUGUUUUAGAUGUAUGGUUCACAGCUUCUUUUCGGGUUGAAAAAUGAUUUCAUAUAUAACGUUAAAAAUGUAGGGUGUUUAUCAUACUUUUACUUGCAAUGAUUGUAGAAAGGCUGGCAUAUUUUCAAACCAUUUUCAUGCUCCCCUUGUAAUUUAUGCAGAUUGAACCUUUGAAUUUUUUGAGUGCGGCUAGCCAGGCCUAGCCAUGCAUGUUUAUAAUUAUAUGAUGAGAUUUCUCACUAAUCUGGUCAGAUAUUAUUUCAGUAGAUUACUGAAAUGUUUAUCCUCUAGCUGUAAAGAUUUGAAAAUACAAAUCAGGUGCAUCCCUAAUGUUUGGUAUAUGGCAUUAUAACUGAGGUCACAGAAUACUACGCAGGCAGAUGUCACAGAAUACUACGCAGGCAGAUGUCACAGAAUACUACGCAGGCAGAUGUCACAGAAUACUACACAGAAAGCCAUCUCCGUUGCUUUUUGAGUAAGCGCUAUUUGAUCGUCAUGAUUUGUCACUCAGCGAGUACCCUAACACCCCCCCUGGAAAUAUCCAUGGCUUUCUCCCACACAGUGCGAUUUUGGGUAUUUCCAGGGGGUGACUACCUCUGUUUAGGGUACUUGCUGAGUGACGAAUCAUGACAAAUAGCGCUUGCACAAAAAAAUAUGGAGAUGGGCUUCUGUGUAGUAUUCUGUGCUACUGUAUCUGCCAUAUCCAGUCUGCAGACAGCAAAAAUCUUUAUCUGACCAGUGCACUCUUAGUUAAGAACCUGGGACCCAGGUUGUUCACAAGCUCAGGUUGCUUAACCCCAUAUAGGUUAACCGAAAAUUUGAAGCAAACAGUCCCAACAGCUUGUCUAUAAACUUGGAAAUAAAAUUCUUCAGAAAUCUUGUGUGGAUCAAUGACAGUUUUCUUUUCUGAAGUUUUGAAACAAACAGAUGUGCACAGUCAAAUACAUUAACUGAAACAGCAGGUUAAACUUUAAUCCAGGGUUAGACUGCAUUGAACAACCGGCCCCUGGCAUGGUGUUGCAUUUAGGUAUUCAUGGGUGAGUCAUCGUCUUGUUGAGGAAAGAAGCUAUCAAUGGUUUCUUCAUCCUAAGAUGCACGACUUGAUUCCACUUGAGUCAUCAGAACAAUAUCAAGACGAUAUAUGGCAGGAGAAGCUUAUUAUUGGGCACUCUGUGGGGUAUGAUCGUAGUUUUGUGAAGGAACAAUAUUUGAUCAAGGUUUGGAACUUAUUUAUUUGAUUAUUAGGAAUGCACCAGAUAUCAUAUCCAGCCGGAUAGUGAGAUAAUCUCAUCCGAUAUCCGGCCAGAUAUAUUCUUAGGUUUGAAAUUAUUGUAAUAAAAGCUUCAUCUUAUUAUUAACAGUAAUCAAUUCCUCAGCUCUCAAUUCCUUAGCUUAGCUGACAUGCCUUGGAAACUUUGACAUACUCCCAAAAUCUAAAUUCCUAGCUUGAACACUGGUAUUCUUAUUCUUAAGGGACCCAAGACGUAUUUCCUUGACACUCUGAGCUUGCACAUGUGCAUAUCGGGUCUGACGGGUUUACAGCGCAAUAUGAUGAAGGCUGCCAGUGUUGGUAAGUCAGAACACGAGGACUGGAUGGACAUCAGCUGUUUGAAUAAUUUACGAGAUACUUAUCAGUUGUAUUGUGGCGGCAAGGAGCUGGACAAGGAGAAGAGAAAUAUUUUCGUUCAUGGGACAUUGGAUGACGUAAAAGAGCAGUUUCAGGUAUAGUUUUAGGGAACAGCUAAACAUCUAGAUUUCGGAGAUUUACUGAAGUUCAAGCCACACCCAAUUUUGUAACUCUCCCGAUGUCACCAUUCAACUAUAAAUACGGGAGAGUUAUAAAUCUUGACGCAAUUUCUUUUCGUCAAAACUAAGAAAUUACGAGUGAGUUGACAUUUUCGUCCACUGUGUGGUUGGAAAGCGAGGCUGAUAGAGCAAUUUUCAUUAGGAAAUAUGUUAGUCUAUCAAAUAUGUAUAGGUUAUAAGUAAUAGCAUAAAAAGAGGCAAAUUAGCUAUUAAAACGUCCCGCCCGAUGAGGGUCGUUUAGUAAAAUUCCCUUGGGCGCCGCUCGAUGAGGGUCAUUUAUGUUCUGGUAAAUGUUUUGAAUUAUCAGUUCUCUCCGAUGUGGUCCCAAGAGCAGUCUGCGCACGGGAUCUGGUACAUAACAUUGGUUUCUCUCUAGGUCUAUGUCUAGGUGUUACUCUAUACUUCUUGCAGCACCUAACCUGCGAACGGGCAUACCCUCGGCAGUCGGCACAGAUGAGCUCUGGGUACGAAACUGUCUGUACUUCUGAACAUAGAAUAAAGAUCCAUAUAGAAGGGCCACUCAGGGGUGCAACGUGUCCUCGUUUUUUUAUGCAAAAAUAUGCAGUUUACUGGCCAGAAGGCGGAGCAGCCAGCCAGUACAGCGUGUUUAUUGGCCAGAAAAUGUCAUUGACUGGCUAGGAAAAUGGCGGCCAACAUGCGUAAUGCGACAUGCGCGAGGACAGAAACUUCAAAGCUUCCGACGUAAGUGGCCCUUCUAUAUGGAUCUUUAUUCUAUGCUUCUGAAUUUCUCGGUUUGUUGAGGCCACGACGGCCUGCAAAAAUUAAUAUUUUAGCUGUUUUACGAGCAAUAUAUUUUUACGAUGCAAAAACGAUCGACAAUAUUUGGCCUUGUUUUUUGUAGCAGUGAGUAUAAAUAUCCCUAAAAUUGCUGUAUUUAUUACGGGGCAAUAAUGGACUUCAGCCAAUAAGGCGAAUUAAAUAAUUAAAUAAACUAUAAUAAAUAUUGUAACGGCCACAUUUCUAGAAAAUGUCAUCUGCGCAAACUGUUGUUUCGAAAUAUAUCAUGCAUUUUCACUUUCACCAUGAAAGUCUAUCGAAGCAAUUAGCGCAUGCGUAGAUCUAUCGCCCUUUAAUUAAUUCAACGAUUUUACAAUAAAUAAACUAAAAUAAAUAUACAAAUAAUUGUACUAUUCCAAGAGCAGUCUGAGCGCGGUAUCUGGUAGAUAACAUUGGUUUCUUUAUCAGGGAUUACUCUAUACUUCGGGGAGGGAAAAUGCUGUUGACUGUUGUAGGGUUCUAAGUUGGUUUGUUGUUGGCAACUUCUAUAAUAUAUUAUUAUGCUUCUAUGAGAUUCGUGUGUUGUGUAAGUCCGCGUCAGGUAUAUAGAAGUUGGUGCGCUGAUUGGUUCUACGGGAUCAGAAAAACUGUAAGAGCAGCCAUUAAUUUCGGGAAUAGGUAGGGAUGGGAUAUCGAUACCAAAUACUCGAUACUAUCGAUACCAGGUUUUGAAGAAAAGUAUCGAUACUGGCAAAAAAUAUCGAUUGUUUCGAUAUUUUUGAGCCUGCGAUAUUUUUCAUUUUGGUGAGCCGACUCAUCAUGAAAAUGAUGCCAAAAAGCCUAAAUAGGCGUAAAUACUAGCAAAGUAGUUCAUUUUCUAUGGUGCUUAAAGGUCCACGGGCAGGAUCAGAGUUUGUGGUUAUGUUAGUUACAAUCAUGAAAAUAAACGUGUUGAAAACGUAUUCAACCAGCAUGAUUUUGGCGUCGAAAAGAUGAAAAUAGUCUUUUGUUGUUGUGGUUGUUCGAGUUAUAAAGAUAUCGAUAUCGGUAUCGAUAUCGAAAAAAAAAAGGCAAAUAUCAAGUAAAUAUCGUAUCGAAUGAAAAAGCUGGUAUCGCCCAUCCCUAGGAAUAGGUAAUUAGUUGUCAGAUGGGUUUUUGGUACAUGAGCAUUUUGGGCGAAAAAUUGACCUUUUUUGAGCGGGACAUUGACGGUGGCAAUAUUUUGGUCUGUUGAUGUACUUGCCAAACUUGUUUUUUUGCAGCGCUAUGCACCCGCGUUUAAAUAUGGAGACUGGAGACCAGUUUGGUUUCUCGGUUUGUUUAGGCCACGACUAUUGAACUAUAAAUAAACUGGAAGGCUAACUGCUAUGAUGAAGCCAAAAUAGUUUUUCUGAGUUAUGAGCAGAAAUACUUGAUCCCAAACGUCGGGCUAUAUAUCAGAUUGAAGCUAUUGAAAAUUGCUAUUCGGUGUGGAAAUUUAAAGACUUCAGCGAAAAGAAAAAUAUUAAAAAAAUACAAAAACAACUGCAAAACGGCAAAUUAUAGGUAAUUAUGUUUGUAGUUUUUCAAUAUUUCCCUUUUAGCUAAAGUCCUGAAAUUUCUACACCAAAUAGCGUUUUUCAAUAGCUUCAAUUUGAUAUAUAGCCCAACGUUCAGUGUUCAGUAUUUCUGCUCAUAACACAGAAAUACUAAAAUGCACUGGCUUCAAUCCCUGAACCCCCCUGAGUUAGCCUUCCAGUUUAUUUAUAGUUCAAUGGGCCACGACGGCCUGCAAAAAUUGUUUUGGAUUUUGGAAUCCUGUCAAGCUGUUAACGUUGAUAAUGCAAGAUAGCGAUUCUUUUAGUAUAUUUACUUCUUUUCGUAGAUCGAAGUGAGUAUAAAUAUUCGUAAAAUAUGCCAUAUUUAUUACGGGGCAAUAAUGGGCUUAAGCCUAUAAGACGAAUUAAAUAAUUAAAUAAAUUAAAAUAAAUAUUGCAACGGCCACAUUUCUAGACAAUGUCAUCAUUUCUAGACAAUGUCAUCAUAUAUCAUGCACUUUCACCAGAAAAAAAUCAUGCACUUUCACAAGAAAUCUAUCGAAGCAAUUAGCGCAUGCGUAGAUCCAUCGCCCCGUAACAAUUGCAGCGAUUUAACAAUAAAUAGAUAGACCAAAGUAAAUAUUGUAUGUUACAGUCAAUUUCAGCUGACUUUUCAUCGUAAGAUUCCGAACUUCGCAAAUUCGUUGCCAAGUUCAAAAGUUCAUAAUGAAAUUCACAAACAGGUUUGUAAACUGGGCAUUUGAUUGGCUGGUUUGAUUUAAUAGCCAAUCACUUGUGAAUUUCAUUAUGAACUUUUGAACUUGGCAACGAAUUUACGAAGUUCGGAACGAAGUUCGGAAUCUUACGAUGAAAAGUCAAUUUCAUUAUGAACUUUUGAACUUGGCAACGAAUUUGCGAAGUUCGGAACGAAGUUCGGAAUCUUACGAUGAAAAGUCAGCUGAAAUUGACUGUAAAAUAAUAAUACUAUUCCAAAAGCCGUCUGCUCACAGGUUCUGUUAGAUAACACUGGUUUCUUUCUCAGGGAUUACUCUGUACUUGGUUUGUUCCCAACUUCUAUGUACUAUUUACAACAUGAGCGGCCGUGUUGUAUCGGAUAUACAAACUCCAGCCGAAGGCGAGAGUUUGUAUAUCCGAUACAACACGGACGCGAAUGUUGUAAAUAGUACUUAAAAAACGACUUAUCUUAUGAGUUCAUUGGCGAAGUCAUUUUAAAAAUAAACGUUGUCUAAGCCGAGAAAAUCAAAGUUAAAGUUUAUGUAAAUCAACAUGAAUCUGUAUCACAUAUACAGAUACGACACGCUUAUGAUUUUUCUUUGUGUUUUCUUCAUGAAUUAUUAAUGAGUUUUUUAAGCACGUAUAUAGGGCAGUGCAGCAAAGCCAAAGGUGCGCCGGUUGGUUCUACAAAAUCUCUGGGAACCCACGUUUGGAUAUAUGGAGUAUGCCAGUCUGAUUUAGUGAUUUUCUCGGUUUGUUGAGGCCGCGAUGGCCUGCAAAAAUUGACAAGUUUUUGCGUUUGUUGCAAACGAUUUGGAUUGACGCCUCAUUUAUGUACGGAAAUGAGUAUAAAUAUUCGUAAAAUCGCUGUAUUUAUUACGGGGCAAUAAUUGACUUAAGCCAAUAAGGCGAAUUAAAUAAUUAAAUAAACUAAAAUAAAUAUUGCAACGGCCACAUUUCUAGACAAUGUCAUCUGUGCAAACUGUUGUUUUGAUAUAUCACGCACUUUCACCAGAAAAAACUAUCGAAGCAAUUAGCGCAUGCGUAGAUCCAUCGCCCCGUAAUAAUUGCAGCGAUUUAACAAUAAAUAGAUAGAUAGACCAAAAUAAAUGUUGUAUGUUAAAAUAAUAAUACUAUUGCAAGAGCCGUCCGCGCACAGGAUCUGGUAGAUAACAUUGGUUUCUUUCUCAGGGAUUACUCUGUACUUGGUUUGUUCCCAACUUCUAUAAUGUAUUAUUAUGCUUCUGUAAAAUUCGUGUUAGUAGUUCUCAGAGUGGUUCUGUAUGUCUACGUCAGCCUAGUCCCAGGCUCUCUCUCUCUAUUCGCUGCUUUGACAUAUUUAAAUGAGUCUUAAAAGUUUUAUGCCUGGGUGUGCUGUGCGGAACGCUUCAGCGAGAGAGCCUAGCAGAUUUCGGUAAAAUGGUCCCUGAUUUCAAAAAGUGGUCCCUGGCCUGGUUACCAAGCAUACCGCAUUUGUAAAUAGAAAAUGUUAUGGAAAUUUCCUUUGCGUUUAUAAUUAAGUCAUUAGUUCUGCUCUAAUGCUGUCGGAACAAUGAAAUAGGCUACGUUUCUCUACCAUACGGUCAGAAUGGAUUAACUGGCUAAAUAUGACUCGUGUUUACUAAAAUUUUAAGCCAUAUUAAAUGAUAUCUAGAAGCUUGAAAAUUAUGCCGAGUCUCCGACUAAAAAUGUUUUGACAACACAGUCAUGUGAGGCAAAUAUUUCCAAUCUCCUCAGCUACUUAAAACUGUCAACUAGAAAGCGUAGUUGUGUAUACCAGUAUCAUGGUCUAGUGUUGAUCACAACUUGCGAGUAUAUAAAUAUCAUCAACGAUUAUACGACCAUUGCUCAGACUCAGUAUCGUAAAUUUGUAUAUAAUUUUUAAUUGAGCACAUUUUUAAUACAGCUUGAAUUUAGUUAUGUAGACAUCGAACAUGAUCAACGAACAUUGUCGUAUUUAUACAAGGUUAUUUGUAUAUAUAAAUUUUCCGCCAUAUUAAAAAUACUGAAAUCUGCUAGGCGUUCUGAAGCACCUUUAGCGGUGACGUCACACCUAGGUCCCAGUCUCUUACUACAUCUUGCUUCAGAACGACUGGGACUAGGCUGUGUCUACGUAUAUAGGGCAGUACAGCAAAGCCAAAGGUGCGCCCAUUGAUUCUACGAGAUCAAAAAAAUGUGGAGUUGAUAAUUAGUUGUCAGAUGGGUUUUUGGUACAUGAAUAUUUUGUGCGAAAAAUUGACCUUUCCGAGCAGGGAUUUGACUGUGGCAAUGUUUUGGCAGGGGGGGGGGCAAAUUUCUCCGGGCCCCGAGUUGCUGGGGGCCCCUGAAAAAUUUUUGUUGGGCCCCAGCCUUUUUUGUGUUUUAAAUAUUUCCGCAAAGGACAAGAUAUCUGUGUUCUUGGGCUAAGUACCGAAUUUUGGCAUAAAAAAAUGAGAUAAAGUCCCUCGAAAGCAAUUGCAAUGUACUCGUCCGGAAAAAUUUUGUACUCCAGAAAAAAAUUUUUACCCCUAAAAUGGUACACUGACCGAAAAUUUUUUGGCGACGGGUUUGUUCUCCGGAAAAAAACUUUUCCUUGGAAAGCGAGGCUGAUAGAGCAAUUUUCGUUAGGAAAUAUGUUAGUCUAUCAAAUAUGUAUAAUUAUAAGUAAUAGCAUAAAAAGAGGCAAAUUAGCUAUUAAAACGUCCCGCCCGAUGAGGGUCGUUUUGUAAAAUUCCCUUGGGCGCCGCUCGAUGAGGGUCAUUUAUGUUCUGGUAAAUGUUUUGAAUUAUCAGUUCUCUCCGAUGUGGUCCCAAGAGCAGUCUGGGCACGGGAUCUGGUAGAUAACAUUGGUUUCUCUCUGGUGGUUACUCUAUACUUCUUGCAGCACCUAACCUGCGAACGGGCAUACCUUGGGCACAGAUGAGCUCUGGGUACGAAAUUGUCUGUACUUCUGAAUUUCUCGGUUUGUUGAGGCCACGACGGCCUGCAAAAAUUAAUAUUUUAGCUGUUUUACGAGCAAAUAUGUUUUUACGAUGCAAACGAUGGACAAUAUUUGGCCUUGUUUUUUGUAGCAGUGAGUAUAAAUAUCCCUAAAAUUGCUGUAUUUAUUACGGGACAAUAAUGGACUUCAGCCAAUAAGGCGAAUUAAAUAAUUAAAUAAACUAAAAUAAAUAUUGUAACGGCCACAUCAUUUCUAGAAAAUGUCAUCUGCGCAAACUGUUGUUUCGAAAUAUAUCAUGCAUUUUCCGUUCACCAUGAAAGUCUAUCGAAGCAAUUAGCGCAUGCGUAGAUCUAUCGCCCUUUAAUUAAUUCAACGAUUUUACAAUAAAUAAACUAAAAUAAAUAUACUAAUAAUUGUACUAUUCCAAGAGCAGUCUGAGCGCGGUAUCUGGUAGAUAACAUUGGUUUCUUUAUCAGGGAUUACUCUAUACUUCGGGGAGGGAAAAUGCUGUUGACUGUUGUAGGGUUCUAAGUUGGUUUGUUGUUGGCAACUUAUAUAAUAUAUUAGUAUGCUUCUAUGAGAUUCGUGUGUUCUGUAAGUCCGCGUCAGGUAUAUAGAAGUUGGUGUGCUGAUUGGUUAUACGGGAUCAGAAAAACUGUCAGAGCAGCCAUUAACUUCGGGAAUAGGUAGGGAUGGGAUAUCGAUACCAAAUACUCGAUACUAUCGAUACCAGGUUUUGAAGAAAAGUAUCGAUACUGGCAAAAAAUAUCGAUUGUUUCGAUAUUUUUGAUCCUGCGAUAUUUUUCAUUUUGGUGAGCGGACUCAUCAUGAAAAUGAUGCCAAAAAGCCUAAAUAGGCGUAAAUACUAGCAAAGUAGUUCAUUUUCUAUGGUGCUUAAAGAUCCACGGGCAGGAUCAGAGUUUGUGGUUAUGUUAGUUACAAUCACAUGAAAAUAAACGUGUUGAAAACGUAUUCAACCAGCCUGAUUUUGGCGUCGAAAAGAUGAAAAUAGUCUUUUGUUGUUGUGGUUGUUCCAGUUAUAAAGAUAUCGGUAUCGAUAUCGAAAAAAAGGCAAAUAUCAAGUAAAUAUCGUAUCGAGUGAAAAAGCUGGUAUCGCCCAUCCCGAGGAAUAGGUAAUUAGUUGUCAGAUGGGUUUUUGGUACAUGAGCAUUUUGGGCGAAAAAUUGACCUUUUUUGAGCGGGGCAUUGACGGUUGCUAUAUUUUGGUCUGUUGAUGUUCUUGCCAAACUUGUUUUUUUUUGCAGCGCUAUGCACCCGCGUUUAAAUAUGGAGACUGGAGACCAGUUUUGUUUCUCGGUUUGUUUAGGCCACGACGGCCUGCAAAAAUUGUUUUGGAUUUUGGAAUCCUGUCAAGCUGUUGACGUUGAUAAUGCAAGAUAGCGAUUCUUUUAGUAUAUUUACUUCUUUUCGUAGAUCGAAGUGAGUAUAAAUAUUCGUAAAAUUGCCAUAUUUAUUACGGGGCAAUAAUGGGCUUAAGUCUAUAAGACGAAUUAAAUCAUUAAUAUUGCAACGGCCACAUUUCUAGACAAUGUCAUCUGGGCAAACUGUUGUAAGUUUUGAUGUAUCAUGCACUUUCACCAGAAAAAAAAAAUCAUGCACUUUCACAAGAAAUCUAUCGAAGCAAUUAGCGCAUGCGUAGAUCCAUCGCCCCGUAACAAUUGCAGCGAUUUAACAAUAAAUAGAUAGACCAAAGUAAAUAUUGUAUAUUACAGUCAAUGUCAGCUGACUUUCUAUCGUAAGAUUCCGAACCGAACUUCGCAAAUUCGUUGCCAAGUUCAAAAGUUCAUAAUGAAAUUCACAAACAGGUUUGUAAACUUGGCAUUUGAUUGGCUGGUUUGAUUUAAUAGCCAAUCACUCUGAUUGUGAAUUUCAUUAUGAACUUUUGAACUUGGCAACGAAUUGGCGAAGUUCGGAACGAAGUUCGGAAUCUUACGAUGAAAAGUCAGCUGAAAUUGACUGUAAAAUAAUAAUACUAUUCCAAAAGCCGUCUGCUCACAGGUUCUGUUAGAUAACACUGGUUUCUUUCUCAGGGAUUACUCUGUACUUGGUUUGUUCCCAACUUCUAUGUACUAUUUACAACAUGAGCGGCCGUGUUGUAUGGGAUAUACAAACUGGGGCGGGAGCGAGAGUUUGUAUAUCGGAUACAACACGGACGCGAAUGUUGUAAAUAGUACUUAAAAAACGACUCAUCUUAUGAGUUCAUUGGCGAAGUCAUUUUAAAAAUAAAGGUUGUCUAAGCCGAGAAAAUCAAAGUUAAAGUUUAUGUAAAUCAACAUGAAUCUGUAUCACAUAUACAGAUACGACACGCUUAUGAUUUUUCUUUGUGUUUUCUUCAUGAAUUAUUAAUGAGUUUUUUAAGUCCACGUAUAUAGGGCAGUGCAGCAAAGCCAAAGGUGCGCUGGUUGGUUCUACAAAAUCUCUGGGAACCCACGUUUGGAUAUAUGGAGUAUGGACUGGAGACCAGUCUGAUUUAGUGAUUUUCUCGGUUUGUUGAGGCCGCGAUGGCCUGCAAAAAUUGACAAGUUUUUGCGUUUGUUGCAAACGAUUUGGAUUAACGCCUCAUUUAUGUACGGAAAUGAGUAUAAAUAUUCGUAAAAUCGCUGUAUUUAUUACGGGGCAAUAAUUGACUUAAGCCAAUAAGGCGAAUUAAAUAAUUAAAUAAACUAAAAUAAAUAUUGCAACGGCCACAUUUCUAGACAAUGUCAUCUGUGCAAACUGUUGUUUUGAUAUAUCACGCACUUUCACCAGAAAAACACUAUCGAAGCAAUUAGCGCAUGCGUAGAUCCAUCGCCCCGUAAAAUAAUAAUACUAUUGCAAGAGCCGUCCGCGCACAGGAUCUGGUAGAUAACAUUCGUUUCUUUCUCAGGGAUUACUCUGUAUUGGUUUGUUCCCAACUUCUAUAAUGUAUUAUUAUGCUUCUGUAAGAUUCGUGUUAGUAGUUCUCAGAGUGGUUCUGUAUGUCCACGUAUAUAGGGCAGUACAGCAAAGCCAAAGGUGCGCCCAUUGAUUCUACGAGAUCAAAAAAAUGUGGAGUUGAUAAUUAGUUGUCAGAUGGGUUUUUGGUACAUGAAUAUUUUGUGCGAAAAAUUGACCUUUCCGAGCAGGGAUUUGACUGUGGCAUGCAAUGUUUUGGCUUGUCGCUAUACUUUGUUACCGCCAUGCCUCUGGGCACCCACGUUUGGAUAUAUGGACUGGAGAUCAGUCUGAUUUAGUGAUUUUCUCGGUUUGUUGAAUGUUUAGGCCACGAUGGCCUGCAAAAAUUGACAAGUUUUUGCUUUCAAUGCAAACGAUUUACGCCUCAUUUAUGUACGGAAGUGAGUAUAAAUAUUCGUAAAAUUGCUGUAUUUAUUACGGGGCAAUAAUUGACUUAACUGAGCCUGUAAGGCGAAUUAAAUAAACUAAAAUAAAUAUUCUAACGGCCACAUUUCUAGAAAAUGUCGUCUUGGCAAACUGUUGUUUCGAAAUAUCACACAUUCUGACUUUCACCGGGAAAAUCUAUCGAAGCAAUUAGCGCAUGCGCAGAUCCAUCGCCCCGUCAUAAUUGCAGCGGUUUUACAAUAGACCCAUUGCACAUGACGUCACAGCGCCGGUGAUGAUGCAUCUGGAGGACAAAUUAGCAAUCUAUGCAUAAUAUAACUUUUGUAAACAAAGCAAAUUUUGUAAAACUUUAGGAUAAUUUUGUAUUAGAAUGGUUAAUUUUUCGCUGUAUGUGGUUUUUGUACCCGAACAGAUAUUGUUAGGGAGCAUCUGGAGGACACUCUAACGAUUUGUGACGUCAGUGCAAUCGGUCUAUAAAUAAAUAAACUGAAAAAAUAUUGUAACGGCCACAUUUCUACUGGAAAAUGUCACUGGGCAAACUGUUGUUUCGCGGAUGUGUUUCAUAACAGCCGAGUGACAGUCAUUUUGGGGACCGCUAUUUUAGAGAGCUAGUCGUUCAAUUACUAUAUAGUUAUUAAAAAUACCCUUUUCUAGGAUCUUAUGACAUACUGUUCUAAUGAUGUGCUCUCUACACACGAACUAUUUUGUCAAAUGUGGCCGCUGUUCUUGGAAAGAUUUCCUCAUCCAGUGACAUUCGCUGGCAUGCUUGAGAUGAGUGUGGCAUAUUUACCUGUGAAUCAGAGUUGGGAGAAAUACAUUGCUGAUUGUGAAGAUACUUAUGAGGAUUUAGAGAAAGAGAUGAAGAGCUCGUUGAUGAGGCUUGCUGAUAAUGCUUGUCACCUUCUUCAUCAUGAUCAGUAAGUUGAAGAAUGCUUCGCGUAGUAUUUUCUGUGUAGAUCGGACGACAUUUUUUCCCCAAGGGAGGUAGGUUAGUUGAUUGUCUUUUUCUUACCGGCACAAUAUUAAUUUAUGUCAUUCAGAGUUAUUUCCGAACCUAUAUAACUGAACUGAAGGACAUCGGACAUCUUCAUACAUAUGUCCCACUCAACUCUCAAGGUCACUGGAUAUUUUGUCAGACGGUCCUGUACAAGAUAUUUUAAGGGACUUUCUUCAAAUUAUUGAAGAGCAACUAGGUCCUGUGGUUUUCAGGUUACAAGAGCGUGGUAUUGAUUUACUGUUUUUGUAGCGGGAGUAACGCGUCGAUGAACUUUCAACCGACUGCUGCUAUACGAGUAAACAUUGUUCAAUGCAGCUUGCAUUGUCGAUAACCCACAGAAGAAAAUUUCAAGCCAAAUUGAUGAAUGAUUUUAUUUAAACCAGAUAUAAAAAUGAUCUUUGGUUGUGGAAUCUGGACUGGUCAGUUCAAGAUCUAAGAAUCAAGAAAGCAAAACCUCCAAAGAAAGGAAGAAAGAAAAAACAGCAAGAGGAAGAUGAAAUAAAGGAUGAUAAUAAGGUGUAGUGGUGUAUAUUUGUAGAGUUGGUUUCAUUGAGUACCUUUGAACCGCAGAUGGUGGUAAACUUUUAGUUUCAUUUAAAGGAUAUUGGCAACCAAAAUUUUUAUUACUUAUAUCUAUUAGGUAUACUUACGGAAUAUUUAAUUUCAUAUUUUGGUCGGUUUGUCGCGUUUAGUUGCUGAGAAAAUUUGAUUGAAUUUGAGAAAAUUUGAACAGUUGUCCGCCAUUUUGAAAAUAAGCGCGUAUGCUAAUUUAUGCCACAAAAUAUAUUAUCUGACGUCAUUGGCUGGGUAAACACAAUCUCAUAAACAAUACCGUGUAUUAGAUAGAUAGAUAGAUAGAUAGAUAGAUAGAUAGAUAGAUAGAUAGAUAGAUAGAUAGAUAGAUAGAUAGAUAGAUAGAUAGAUAGAUAGAUAGAUAGAUAGAUUGAUUUUAUUUUGACACGCUAACUACGUCAAUUAAAAACAUUGAUUUCCACGAAGGGCGUGUACCACGCGUAGUGCAUUUUGAGCCGAAACAAAAGGCAGAAAAGUUUUACCAAGUAUGUAACUUGUUUGUAACACUAUUUCUCAUAGUAUAUAUCCUACUCCGUGUUAAAUAAGCGCAGAAAUUCGAGUGUAACAAGGCAAAUACUAAUGCAAUAUUUUAUGAUCAAUUACCUGUACGGUAAAUUGCGCCAUUUCUUGCUUUCCCAGUCGCUCGAUAUGUUUUUAUCUGAUAGUGUAGACUUCUCUUGUUUGAUUGCGAAGAGUGUUGGCCAGUAUAACGCUCAAAACGACAUAUUUUUAGCUAACAUAACACGCACGCAAUAGAAUUCUCUCUUGUAGUUUUGGUGUUACCCAGCCAAUGACGUCACAAAGUUCAUUGACCUUCGAGAUAAUUUUUCAAAAAUAUUUUCCAAGAUGGCGGCGAAACUGGCCGAAACACAAAGUUUGCAUGCAUUUUACUUGUAGACUAAAAUGUUCAAGAAGGAAAUGAUAAUAUUUUCAUAGUUCGGUUGUCAAGUAGGAUUGAAAUAGCCAAUAAAAAUUUUCGUUGCCAUUGUCCUUUAACUUUAUGUAAUGGGCAAUUCCAGCAAUAGACUAAAUUUUGAUCUGGACAAGAAGAACAAAAUCCAUCAACACAGCUACAAAGAGCAUGCUAAAAUUAGUAAAAGUGGAAAGUUUGGUUGCGAAAUGUUGUAAAAUGAGGAGCAUGUAACCCUACGAAAUUUGCAAAUUUUGUGUUAAUUUGCAUUACGCACGGGCCGCACGGGAACAUUUUCCCUGCAGACUGGCAGUCGAAAGCUCGUUUAAUAAAUAUUUUAAAAAAUAUUUAAACUAUUAAUGAGAAUUCGAUGACAAAUUAGCCAAAGUUUGUCUUGCUUUUCCGGGCAGAGUAAACUGGUAAUUUGCCUGGUAAUUUUGAAACACACGAAGAGUUGAGCCGGCUCGUUUAUUACGAUCUUUUGUAUGCUACUUGUGUCAUGUUGUGUAAAGUCCUAUCAUGUUGUACUGUAAAGUGUCACACAUUCACACGCUUCUCAUGGAAACUAUCUGACAGUUAAUGAGGCUAUAGCGUAUUAAAUGUAGUCUAUCUGUGUAUGUACUGAAUGUAUGAUCAGCGCAUUAUAUAAUUUCUGCAUGAUAUGUAAAUUAAUUCACUGGUGAGGGUAUGCAGUCUCCGAGUACCAUCUAUAAUAGUUGUUAAUGUAUUCACUGUACGAUUAUAAUUUUAUAGUUUUCUUGUUUGCAAAUGUCUUGUGUUAAGACGAUACGUUAUCAGUGUAAGUAUUAUUUUUUAUAAUUUUAAUUGUGUAGAAUAAAAUUGAGAAUGAUGAUGAAGACGAUAUAGAAGACAUUAUUGCUCGAAUUCCGUCAGCAGAGGAUGUUUUAUACAAGAAACGACAACAUUUGCCUGGAUAUCCACUGUAAGUAAAAGUCUAGUAUAAAAUACAACUGUGGCAGGAAUAGAACCUGCAUACAUUGACCCUUCUUCUAUAUCGAGAGUAGAUACCCAAAAUCCUGGUUUGUAUGUCUCAUUUAGUUGGUACCGCAAACUGUGUCCAAGAAUGGACUCUGACAAUUGGAGAAGGGGUGCUGUAUUGGUUAGUGCCCAGUGUCGAGUUGGUCCUAGCCUACUGCGCAUGACAUGGGAUGGCUAUCCGCUGCACUAUCAUAGUCGACAUGGUUGGGGUUAUCUCGUACCUGGUAGGACAGCCAAUCUUUCACAAGAUGAAUGUGAAGACUUCCCAACAAGGUAUCAUAAUCGUACUACUACACAAUUAAUUGCUAUUUCUUGUCUAGAAAUAAUGUGCGACCAAUUGGUCGGAAAAGCUGUCGAGAAAUGUCCAGUGCCCGUUAUUUCAGGAUCUAAACGCACUCGUUAGUAACCGUGCCAGACCAUCGGCAAAAUUAAUUGAAAUCCCCUAGCACGGUAUUUUUGUUUCAGAGCAUUUGAAGAACUCGGGCAACGUCUUAAAGAUCGCUCUGACAAUAAAGCGAGGAUAUUGGCGAUGGAAGACGAAGAAGAUGUCCAGGAACUGAGUGAAGGACAGUUGUGGAGCAGUGUGGAAGAAAAUGAAGUGAAGAAUAAAGGUAAAAUUCCAUAUAACGUAUUCCUUACAAUAGCAACUUUGCACCGGGUUUCACAAAGCGUUUUAUAUUGACCCACUUAGACAAGCCUACCUACCGUUGUUCCUUCACUGUCUUCUUGGAGAGCUUCAAUUGUAGUGUCUGUUUUCUCUAGUGUCCAGUAAAGGUGCAUCAUCCAGAAAUAGGACGAAAGUGUUGCGAAAACAGGACGCUCCUGAUUUCCAUCAUGGUGUCGGACCAUUUAACGAUGUUAAUCUCCCUGGUGUAUGGUUUUUCCGCAUACCUCAUAAGGUGCAGUAUUCCUACCUUUGUCCAUUUAAUUCAUAUAGUCCCUCGUAAAGUAAACUAAGAGUUAAUAGCAUGUUUUAUUCGUGUGUGGAUUCCUUCAUGGCCAUUUCACUUCCAUCGUCCUAUGUAUAGCUGGCUUUCUGUAUAAAGUUGCAGAAUCAUCCAUGAAAGAAGUAGUCCAACCUAUAAUGUUCCUUCAAGAAUUUAAAUUAAAAAUUCUAGGAUGGUGAAAAGUUUAAGUGUGGCAACCCACUGGCUAAAGACUACAUCAGUAAAAUGGAAGAUGGUACAUUAAAAUCUGAAGGAGACGAAGGUGCUGAAAGAACGUUGAUGCUUAACAAAAUGAUUUCGUAUUGGAGAAAUGCCAAACGCAGGAUUACGUACGUAUUUUUAAACCCGCCCAUACUCUUGCCUAUUUUAAAUGAAAGCACAAACUAUGUAUAAGCUUUCCUCUGAUAUUUCUUUUAGUUUUAAAACGUCUGCCUGUUUGAAACGUAAUUUAAUAUUAUAAUAAAAUAAUGGCGGUUGGCAAGAUAUUUUGGUAACAAAUUUCUUAAAAAUUAGAAUAGAUUGGCAGAAUUUGUAAAAAGAAUUUUGUAAAUAAUCUCAAGUUUCUCAACAUUCUUUCGAAUUAGGCAAAUAUAUUUUUUGCUAUUUUUCUCUAAGGAGAAGGUAUUCGGUGAAAUAGAGGGGUCUUAAUAGACUAUUUACGUUGUGUUUAUUGUCACACUCCUUAGGUCACAGUUGUUUGUCUGGCUUGAUAAGAAUUAUUUCCCAAAUGACGUUAUCAAGUAAGUGUAUAGACACUGAUUUUUCUGAAUAAGACAACACGUUCAGAGUGGAGAUAUGCCGAAGAAGUACCAUGGUGUUGUGCAGGCUUUUAGCCAGAAGGGCGUCCAGGCGUCCUGGAACGCCCAUAGAACAAAAAAUGGACGCCCAAAUUCUGGGGGGAAAGGGAAAUUAUUUUCAAUUAUUUCCCUAAAUAUAUUAAUAUAUCUGAAACGAGAUAGCUUCAAUUCUCAUUAUUAUUAUACAUUUGACAUUUUGAUCAAUUUGAUGGUGUAUCGUAGAUAAGUAAAGAAGUAUAGCGGCACAAACUCACAAAGCCAAGUGUGUCCGAAAAAUUUCGAACGAGCUUGGAACAGAUACUGACAUGAAGUAACGUGAACUUCAAAGGUUUUCCAGAAGAACAUUUUCUCGACCCCCUCCUCCCCGUUACUGUACAUGUAUCGUUGUACCAAAAUUGGACGCCCUCUUUUAGGACCCUGGCUAAAAGCCUGGUGUUGUGUACAAUGGUGUUGUACUGCUGUUGACUAAAUAUCUUACAUGUUCAGGGCGAUUAUAAAAUACCCAUCCACUUUAAUUCUCAUGUUGUUUAGUAAUUAUAACAUAAAUAAACACAGGAAUCCUUUAGAAGUAGCUAAAAAUUAACCAGGCCAUGCACACAAAGUAAAAACGCAAAUUUGGGUGCAAUUAAAUAAGCGGUUUUUCCUGUUUUAUAUUUGCAGUUCAUCUUGUUACACAUCAGAUGAUGAAUAUGGCGCAAUUUUACCGAGGUUUAUUACAGCUGGGACUGUUACACGGAGAGCUGUUGAACCAACAUGGAUGACUGCCAGUAAUCCCAGGGUGAGGAAUUUACUGCAAAUGUUCUCUUAUAAGACCCUUGGUGAGGCUUGUAUAUUUCAGCAUGCAUGUUUGAGGGGCGUAUUAGAGAACUGGCAGGAUUAAUACAGAUGGGACCUAUAGGUUUAGCUUAAACGGUUCUACACUAUCAGGGUUUGAACUAGAGUCGUAUAUGAGCUGAUAUAGCCAUCAGGCUGUCAGCCUGCAUACAUGUCAAGAGCAAAUUGUUUCAUAAUAUUAAUAUAGUCUUUCAGUUUGUUUAACCACAAACCGUUUCGCAACUUUGCCUCAGAAUUUGAAAUUUUUUUUGUUUUAAGACUUAAAAUAAAUGGUUUUAGAACAGUUUGCUGACAUCCAGAAAAAUAUAUUUUGUACUGAUGUUGUGUAGUAGCUAAAGGUGCUAGUAAAGUAGGAUCGAAAUGUAUAGUAAAAAUUCCAGAAUUCAAGUAAUGCUAUUUUGGUCUAUAUUUAAACAUUCAUUAAGCACUUUUAAUUCUGGAGUAGUUCUGUUUAAAAUAUUAAUACGUAUUCAAAAUCCUGUUUUAUAUUAUGUCAUUUGUUUUCCAGGUAGACCGUGUGGGUUCGGAAUUGAAGGCUCUAAUCCGAGCUCCUCCAGGGUACUGUUUCGUUGGUGCUGAUGUGGACAGCCAGGAACUUUGGAUCGCCGCUUUGCUGGGUGACGCUAACUUUGCAAAAACACAUGGUAUAGCGUACAGUCAAAGUUAGAUCCCCAUCAAAAUAUUAACCAAACGUAAAAUUGAAAACACUACACCAUCAGUUUUACAAAGGGAAUUCUGUUUUUGUGUCCUCCGUUGAGUUGAUCUUGUGAUUUCCAUCGAACAUGUUUGCCUGUUGUGCUUAGCAUACAAUGCUGUAAGCUGUGCGCCCAGCCACCCGCCAUUUAAUUUUAGAAAAAAAUUAUUCCAUGUAUGGUUUUCCCUCAUCUAUCCAUUGAAUGGUAACACUCUCCCCUUGAACAGAGGUAAACAAUAAAGUAGGGUGUAUACUGCAUCAGUGGGUAAGAAGAAAAGGAUUAUCAGGACGCAUUGACAGAUGGUCUGACUAACCCAUUGAGUGGCAGCACAAUCCCCUUGACGAGAAAAAAAACAAUUCCUAUAUUUAGUUGUUUACUUUUUGUGAAGGCAGUACAGCAUUUGGUUGGAUGACUUUGCAAGGUAAAAGGACGGAAGGAACAGAUCUUCACAGUAAAACUGCAGAAACAAUUGGGAUAACAAGAGAACAUGCCAAGGUAUUUUAGUCAAUCAUCGGACCCCUCUGUAGAGGGACCGUUUUAUGUUACCGCAAAUUAUACCAAUCACAUUUAUUUAAAUUUGACCGAUCAUUGACCGUUGACUGACCGUUAUUUUGAGCUAUAUUUUGGGCCAAGAGAACAGCUAUUAUUAAAAUACUCUCAAACGACAAGAUUUUGAUGACUUAUAUACUUAGUAGGGUUAGGUAAAAGCAAUGAAGUUCGUAACAAAAAUUAUUCCUGCAUCUUAUAUUAGUCAGUAUGUACUAUUUAAAGCACGCGUAGGAGUGUUUUAUCACAUAUAAAACACGACGCGUAGCGGAGUGUUUUAUAUGUGAUAAAACACGACUACAAGUGCUUUAAAUGGCUUAAAAAACGACUCAUCUUAUACGAGUUCAUUGGCGAAAUAAUUUUUAAAAUAAACUUUGUCUAAACCGAGAAAAUCAAAGCUAAAAUUUAUGUAAAUUAACAUGAUUUUAUAUCACAUAUAAAACCACGACACGCUUAUGAUUUUUAUCAAGAAUAUUUGUUAAAUUGUUUUUUCUUCCUAUGUAUUUUUUCAUUCGCUUCUUUUAUCAGGUUUUUAAUUAUGGUCGUAUUUAUGGAGCUGGCGUCAACUUUGCUGAGAAAUUACUAUUACAGUUUAAUCAUCGCCUGACGGAGAACGAAGCCAGAAGCAAAGCUGAAAAACUUUACGCAUCAACAAAAGGGAUUCAGAGGUUGGUGUAGAAUACUAUAUGUACAAGAAACAAUUCUUUUAAAGGAUAGUGAAAUAAUUUCAAAUAAGAACACAAUUAAAAAGUAUAAAAAGAACAUUGGAGACAUCGGUGACACAUUGGAUUCUAUUUUAAAAUUAUUAUAGUUAAGUGAUAGUUGAUGCUUUAAUUCAAAGCAAUAUUGAAAGAGCGUAAAACUUCUAGAAAUCCUUGUGAGUUUCUUGACAUUCCAAGAUUUUUGCUAAUAAAUUUGUUCAUGUCCAGGGAUCAUUAAUAGUUUUCUUACAAUUUCUAUAGAAUCAGAAUUUGGCUGCAAAAAUACAUUUUUAAAUUUUUUGUUAGCUGAAAAUGUAUUAAUAAACUACUAAAAUCAGCCACCGACAGACCUCUAUUGUUGUCUAUACUUUACUUUAUACCAUUCUACCUUCUUCAGUAGCAUAUACGUGCAAGGCAGGAUAAUUUGUGGUAUUAUGAAUUUAAGACUCAACCGUGUGUAGUAAAUGAUGAAGGAAUAUAUACAAUUUGCAUUCAUUAUUUACUUAAACCAGAGAGGCAGAGAAUAGCAGUGAGCAAAUAAUAAUGCUUUCUUUUUGAGAAAGGCAUCGUCUUUCGGAAUAUGGUCAAAAGAUUGCAAAGAAAUACAAAUAUUAUGAAGAUUUGAUCACAGAAGAUGGAUUCUUGGACAGCAAGAGUUAUUAUCAGUUGUUGAAGGUUUCGAGGAGAUUUAGGUUUGUGAGCUUUAAAGAAUGUCCUUUCAAGUCCCAAGCUUGUUCAUGAGAAAAGCUUUAUUUGUUUUAACUCAUAUCCAAAAAUAAUUUUAAAUUUUAUGGGGUUUACAUGUAAUAUAAUAGUAAUGUUUUGCUCGCUAUUUGAAUGGAUGCAAAUCAAUUGGACCCUGCACCGAAAUCGCAGGGCCGCUGCAGUCCGCCCAUAAAGGUCUAAUAAUGUACAAAAAACUCUACAACAAUUAUUUCUUCCUUCCCCACUUUACACAGUGAGAUUUCAAUAUGAUUACAUUGCAGAUUAAUGUAUCCUCAAAGUUGCAGUAAAGGAUGCACAUUGCGCUAAUAAUGAAUAGAAAAAAUUAAAAUCAGCUUACGUUGCUUGCUUUUCCAGCAGGUCGUUUGUCAAUGAUUGUUCGUAUAGAAUUGUUAAUAAUGAAAUCAGCCUCAAUUUAAAAUGUUUACAACAAAAUCAUGGAGGCAUGCGUCUUUUAUCAGCUGGUAUAUGUUUACCAAUUUAUAUUAUUAUUUAUUUAAAAAAAUUCUGGUUUCUGAUUGGCUAACAGCCAACUGUGAAAUUGUCAUAUCAACUCAACGGCUAACCAAAUACGGAUUUUUCACAUUCAUAUUAGCAAAAUGACGUCAAAGAGUCAAUAUGAAAAUAAUUUGGACGCGUUUGCGUCAUAUAGUAAUCAUAGUGACUCGCUGACGCCAUUGAUAUGACGCGACGACGGCUGCCGAAGGACUAAGGAAUUGUUUUUUUCUUAAUACAAAUAAAAUACAAAUGUUUGUUUUGAAUUUUUUAAAUAAAUAAUAAAACAAUUAUUGAAUUCGGUUUUCGCACAAUAUGAAGAAUUAUCAAGCCCUCAGUUUGCCGUUAUCAACCUCAGCCUUCGGCUUCGGUUGAUAACGGCAAAUUUCGGGCUUGAUAAUUCUUCAUAUCGUGCUCAACCUCAUUCAAUAAUUGUUAAAUAUUGUCGUAAAUAAUGAUAUUAGAUGCAAACAAAAUUCAAGAGGGAGAGUGCCUCGCAUGGGUCUUGAAACCCGUUCGCAUGCACUCUUGCCGUUUGAACAUCGUUCAAUAAAGCUGUUAAAACAUAAAACAUAUAUUUAGGAAUCAAAAUGAAGAAAUGAGUCUGUACAAGGAAUGGCAAGAGGGAAGGUAUGCACCUCGACUGAAUACUGGAAACGUAUACAUUGAUCCGUUGCAUGGUCCCUAAGAAUCAUCUUUUUAUUGGUCAAUUUUGUAUUGAUUAAUUAAUUAUCAAACUGUACAAUUAUUCUUUAGUGAGUCUCAAAUGUUCAACAUGCUAGAAAGUAUUGCACAAUCUGAGGAACCCGAAACUCCAGUUCUAGGUUGUAAGAUCAGCAGAGCACUAGAACCUAAUAUUGUUGGGAAUAAGGUAUGUAGUUAUUAUCAAAUAUUUCCAUUACAUCAUUUAUGGAAUACGUUCAGAAAUAGCAUGCAUCCAGAAUGUUGUACAUUGCCAUUGGGUACAAAAAUUGAAACAUGCUUGCUUCUUUCAACAAUUAUGUUGUAAGUUGCAAGCCCAUGCUUUCCAUACUUUUGGCUAUAGGAUUUUGUUUUUUAUAUAAUUUAUAGUUUAUAACAAGUCGUAUAAACUGGGUUGUACAAUCAUCUGCGGUGGACUAUCUUCAUCUCAUGUUGGUCUCUAUGAAAUGGUUGUUCACUGAAUGUGGAAUUGAAGGGAGGUUUUGUAUCAGCAUACAUGACGAGGUAUAAAUUGGAGCCAUCAAACCUAUUGGUUUACAACAAAAAAAUCUUAACUGGGUGAACCGGACUUUAUUUUAAAACAACCGUAACAUUACGAUUACGACGAGCAUUUCGAAAUCGCAAAUUUACAUGUGAAUAUUCAUAUGAUCACUGUAUGCGCUUCACUUCAAAUAUUAUAUUUUCUCACUCGGAUAAGGCCAAAAAAAAUAUGUGGGUUUCCGGUUUCCCGACCCUACCUAGCUUUUGGACGUCGAAAUCCCGACCCUAAAUUCUUUUAUUGGAUCAUGCUUGUAAGUGUUUCCACUUAGAGGAAAAAGUUUGUGGAAAAUUGAAGUUUGAGGCAAUAUUAGGGAAAUUUAUCUUUGGAUGUGGAAGCACUGACUAAACAAAAUGGCGUCCGGUUGUUAGGAAAAUUUUAAAAAAAGUUAAAAAAAAAAGUUAAAACCGACCUACCCUACCUAAGUUUUUAUAAGAAGAAACCGGAAACCCACAUUUUUUUUUGGCCUAACUACUGCUACAUAGUGGUCUUAAAUAGGUGAAACCACCCUGUAUAGCUACAUAAAAUACAAAUGUGUCUGCAUGUACAUUUCUGUUGCAGGUUCGCUAUUUAGUGAACAGUAAAGAUCGUUACAGAGCCGCAUUGGCUUUACAAAUUACGAAUUUAUUAACCAGAUCAAUGUUUGCUUACAAACUGGGCAUUAAUGAUUUACCUCAGGUGUGUAAAGUAAUUAUGUACUGUAUAAGAUAUAGUUCAGUCUAAAAUUUCAUUUUUUUCAGUAAUGAAAUGUAGUCUAAUGAAAGACUUCAGAAAAAAAAUGAGGGAGAGAGAAAGAGAGCGGAAAGGAAAAAGACUAAGUCAAUAAGCGAAGUCCAUUUUCAUAUAUAUCACCUCCAAACGUCACCUUUGUAUAUUGGUAGAAUUUUGUAUUAUCUGAACAUUGAUCUGUUCUGAGAUGCAUAUACAUGCAAUCCAGUGUUGUGCAACUAUUAGUAUUUGAUAUAUAUGUUUGUUGUACUGUAGUCAGUAGCCUUCUUCAGUGAAGUGGAUAUUGAUUCUGUAAUCAGAAAGGAAGUGACUAUGGACUGUAAAACUCCAUCGAAUCCAAGAGGUUUUACGAAGAGUUAUGGAAUUCCUCAAGGUAGUUUUGAAAUAUAUCUCCAUUUAGUUGCUUUCCAAAUGAUGUAGCCUGUGAAUAUAAGGACGCUUUGGCUAUGAGUAUAACUUGGAAAUUUCAUCCGACAGAAUUAAGUCACAGAACACAUAUUAGGGACCUUUAGCUAGCAGGACGGCGAAUGAAAUUUAUGACAGUGUAAAAAGAAAAUGCAUAAUUAAAGGUCCCAUGGGAGUUUUAGUUUACAACAGCAAACCAAAGAUUUUCACGUUUUGUACACAACGUCUGCCUUUCAAGCCGCGAGAAGUCGUCCUCGCCAAAUUGGCUUAGUGGGAGUCUUCUCAACUAUAUAAACCUGUGUCUUUAACCUUCUUAAAUUGCAAUAAAUUCAUACAACGGAUAAUACAAGACAUGUUGACCUUAAAGUUACUUAUUCGAACGAGUUUAUUUUGGCCGUCGUCAUCGCGUUGCCGUCACCUAUUUGCUAAAGGUCCCUAUUGAAGUGAUAUGGUAGUACACUAGUGCGAGUUAUGCAUGUUGAUGCAAUAAUGUGGAUGGUCAUUGUUUAUGUAUGAUGUAUCCAAACGUUGAUGUAUAUAUUGCAUGUAUUAACAUGAUGCAAGCGUGGGGUUAGGGUAAAUUUUAACACAUUAAAUGGUCAUGCGAACACAUAUAAUAACGGGUUGUUUUGUCCGUAUAUAUAUUAUAUGGUAAUCUCAAAUAAAGCAACCUCACUCUGGUUAACAUUUUUCUGGUUAACCUAGAAAUAGCCUUAUUUGGGUUACCUUGGUUGUUUUAACUUUUUUCCUUGGUUAAAUUUACCAGGUGGAUAAAUAACCAGGGGCUCUUGGUUAUUCAUCUAGCUAAAACAGUCUGGUUAUUUUAAAACACUAACCAGAUUAUGGUAGGAAGUGAGAUAAAUUAACCAGGAAAUUUCGAGUACGACUACGAGAUUUGUCAAGCGAAACGCAUGCUGUAUACUUACGCCAUCCCGUACUGACGCGAAAAAUCGUAGCCGUCGCCCAUCUGAGUACGAAAUUGUGGAGAAAUCUCGUAGUCCUCACUACGACUUUUCAAAAAAAAAACAAAGAAAGCUGGCCUUCUUUGUUUUUCAAAAAUAAUUUGUAGCGUUUAUCCGGCGCAAAUAAUCUAUUAGUAUUAAAUAUCUGGCUUGUUUAUAAUGUUGUGACUUAUUUGCACAUUUUGUAGGGGAUUUUGGCCUGCAGGAGAUUUAGUUUAUAUGAACUUUUUCUUUCGUUGUUUGUCUACUACUAUAAAAGCAACAUUUGAACGGAAACGAGAACGACUAUACGGUGAUUUCCUCGCACCCGAGCAAAUCUCGUAGUCGCUGCUAAAACUCGAUCCUAUUAAUGGCACACAAGAAAAUUACAUUUUCACAUAUAAACUAUAUACUUUUAACCCACUAGCUUUGAUCAUGGUACAACUACAUUACCACCAACAACACUCUUCCUAGGAUUUGUUAAGGUACAUGGAACAUAAAACUGAAUUGUACAGGUUAAUAUUUAUUUGAUCAUUCCAGGAGAAGCUCUUGAUAUCUACGAGAUUCUUCGCCAGACAAACAAUGGAUGUUUAGAAAAGAAAAACAACGACGAGUGA